AUGGACCUUGACCAUGCAUUGAUCACGGCGUUGGUGGAGAGAUGGCGGCUGGAGACGCACUCAUUCCACUUGCCCUACGGUGAGAUGACAAUCACGCUACAAGACAUGAAAGUUAUAAUGGGGGUACCUGUAGAUGGCUUGCCGGUGGUGGGAUUUACUUGUAUGGACGAUUGGGGCGACCUCUGCACCGAAUUACUAGGGCAUAGGCCACCAAAUAGACAAGUCAAUGCUCGUAAGAACACUGCAGUGAUGGAAGGGUCGAGAGUAAAAGCCAAAUGGCUCGAGGAGUGGUUUAGCAACCCUUUCCCGACUGACACCAUUAAGGUGCUUAUGCAGCAGUAUGCUCGGUUUUACAUACUGGGGAUGUUGGGUGGUAUGUUGUUUACGGACAAGUCUGGCAAACGACUUUUAAUUAUGUAUCUACAAUUUUUCAAUCCAAUUAGCAAUGGGAAAGAAUUAUAG